AUGGUCGACGAGCAAGUUUUAGAGGCAGUGAAUCAGAUUGGGUUCUUCGGCGAGACUCAAACGAUUGCCACUUACAAAUGUAAAGCUUCAGUUUCUCAAUAUUCAUUUUCUCUUCUUUAGUAUUUAAUCAUCUGACAAGUUCUUGGGCAAAAGUAAUUGAUGAAGUGGCCAUACCAGCAAUUGUUGAGUUACGGCCCAUGAUAGGUGAUGAAGAAAAGAGCUUGUUGAAAGAGAAGCUUCUCCCUUCUAUUAUCCAACAUGGCAAAAUUUAUCAAAUUCUUUAUAAAUCCGAGGUAUGUUGAUCAAAGUGUUUUUACUUUUUUCUUUUAGAGUUCUUUUAAGCAUGCUAUGAAGCUGCCUGCAGGUCUUGUAAUUCCGGGUGAGGAAGAGAACAACCGUUUGAACGAGAACAAUACACCCGAAGAGGAAGAAAUGCUCGACGAAAUCAGUGAACUCAUGGCACAAGUGGUUCGAGUAAGUCUUGCAUACUUUUUUUUUUUAAAAUUUUAGUUGAGAAUCGAGAAGAAACUGUUGAAUGAAUUGAAGGAUGGAAAUGAAUGGUUUAUGGAUCAAUAA